GUGGAUCAUGCCAAGGUGCUGCACUACAUCGGGGCGGGGGUGGCCUUCCCCACCAGCAUGCUGUUCCUGCUCCUGCAGUCCAUCCUCACCUACCGCAUGGCCAAAACCCGCGGGCAGUACUGGACCGGACACUUACGUAGCAUCCUCACCAUGGUGGCCUUCCUCACCCUUGUCUUCAAUAUCCUUCUGAAGGGCGGUGUGUUCUUUAUCCAGGAGAGUUUUGUGCUGCAGCAUGUGGCUGCCCUGUGUGAGUGGAUGUUCAUCAUUGAUGUCCUGGUCUUCUACGGCACCUUCACCUUUGAGUUUGGGGCCAUCUCCACAGACACCUUCCUGGUCUUGCUGAAAGCCAGCCGGGUCCCCAAAAGUUACAAAGGCGAGAGUGGCAUGUCCAGCAUGGCCUGCAUCCACGGCCAUGUGGAAGGCCUGGCCAUGGCCUGA